AUGCUUUGGGCACUUUUGUGUAUCAGUGCCUUAGCCUUAUCGGCGGUGGCUACUGCAUUGCUCGUGUAUAAAUUGUAUCGGGACUGCAAUGUUCGUGCUUCCACUGUUCAAUGGCUCUUUGCGGUUUUCUUUAUCUACCAAUGUAUUGGUGCAGCAACUAGAUUGAUAUACUUUGUUUGGCUCACAAUAUAUGCAGCACAAACCGCUGAUACGGGUGAUGACUUGGAAGGACUAUCUUUAAUUGGAACAGAACUUUAUCGACUAGGAACAAGUGCUGUGUUAAAGUUGGGAAAGCGUCAAAUGGGAUGGGUGACCGCCACCAUCAUUAUCGGCGACACAACUCAUUUUGGUAUUGCUAUCUGGUUGCUUUUGCUAAUUUAUGAGCUUUCGAAACUCGUGGAAUUUUCAAUGGACCGUGGCGACCAAUAUGAGCGAGCUAAGAUUCAUUUGUACGCGUGGCUUGGUCAUUUAAUUAUUUUUCUUUUUCUGGCUGCAGAGAUUGCACUUGUUAUCGUGUAUUCUGGUUACUCAAACUACGCCUACAUUAUUUUACUUGGUGUUUAUAGCUUGCAGACUUUGACUCUAGGCUACAUGAUCGUCACUGUCGUGAUUUUGAAAGUCAAAGGACGUAAUUAUGAAAGUGUGCACGGACAUUUUGUGGCUAGUCCAUUGUAUCGCCGUUUGAAGCGGAUCAUGUUAGUCUAUGCGUUACUCGUAUUUCAAUUCUUCUUUUCGUCCGUUGUUAUGUAUGCGACGCCAGGACAUAUUCCUCAUCUUACAAGUUUAGUUGGGAUUAGUUUUGUUGCUUAUUACAUUCGAGGGUUUGCUCUUUCAAUAGUCACUGGAUGCAGCCAACUAUGCGUCGUUCGAUAUCUGCAUUGUUGUGUACCUGAUGAGGUUCAGUCGAGGUAUAUUCAACAUCGAGAUGAAACGAUUCCAAACGGCUGUGAUUUGCCUUACGUCAAUCCAGUAUUUAUCUAUACGGACAUUGAGUCUUCAAGUGCUCUCUGGGCGAUUGAUGACGGUCGAAUCAUGCAAGAGGCAACACGAAUACACGAUGACAUUCUUCGAGGUUUGCUAGCACCAUAUCAUGGAUACGAGAUCACAACUGCCGGAGAUUCGUUUCAAUUGGCGUUCCAUACGAUUCAAGAGGCUAUUGAAUACUGUCUAGCAGCACAGCUUCAGUUGUUGAAUGCAAACUGGCCGAAACGUCUUCAUGGUCUUGUACCAGCUACGAGUAAAGUUCGGGUUGGUACUAAAAUAAUCUUUAGUGGCUUGCGAGUUCGUAUGGGCGUUCACGAUGCAGCAAGUUCGGAAGGGGCCCUUGUACGAGAUGUGCACGUGGUGACUAAGAAAUUGAUUUACACUGGAGCGUCUGAGGUCAUUGCAAAUGAAGUUGGAGACCUUGGAGCUGGUGGUCAGAUUCUAGUCACGAAACGCAUAGCUGAGUGGCUUGGAGCUAAUUCAUUUCAGCUCGCAGUGAAGUCGAUUGUGGAACCAGUUUGCCAGUACGCGAUACCUCGGCUGCACACGACGCUAGAGGUUUUUCAAAUUGUCCCGAAGUCACUUGCGGCAAGAGUUAAGAGCUUUCAUCCACCGCAGGAUAAGGUAGACAUCAAGAUGAAAGAGGCACGAAUCGAAGAUGAGAGUGAGGUGAAGUAUAUGUACAUGCUUGUUCAGACGCCAAAAAAAAAUUACGGCAAAGUGUGUGAUAUUAGUGAAGAAGUGUAG